UCGCGGUAGGUUGUCCUGCCAGCCGCCCCAGAAAAUCCUAAACCAUAGUUUUUACUUCUAUCAUUUGAACAUCAUAACCAUUUUGUCAGUUUCUUAAAGAAAGAUCGACCUACUUUUUGUCUUUGUAAGAGAUUUGCUCUUUUAAGCAACUCUUUGUUCCCUUUCUACACUUUCCUUGCUUUUCCUCUCCAGCUCUAAUUCCUUUUUUCCCCAUAAUCUUCUUAUCAUAAGGGCAUUCCUUGAUGUCCCGAGAAAGGGAAAGGUUUGAUGAGAUUGGGAAGAAGCUGAAGACAGAAAUCGACGCCGCGUCGUCGUUGAAUAUGGGAAGGAGACAUAUGUUGGGCCCUCCAGGAAGCUUGAACACAAUCACCCCUUGUGCAGCCUGUAAGCUCUUGAGAAGAAGAUGUGCCGAAGAAUGCCCCUUUUCCCCUUACUUCUCCCCUCACGAACCCCAGAAAUUCGCUGCUGUUCACAAAGUCUUUGGUGCUAGCAACGUUUCCAAGAUGCUCAUGGAGGUACCAGCGCCACAAAGAGCAGAUGCUGCAAACAGUUUGGUCUAUGAAGCAAAUGUGAGGCUUAGAGAUCCGGUUUAUGGCUGCAUGGGGGCGAUUUUGGCGUUGCAGCAACAGGUUCAAACUUUGCAGGCUGAGCUCAAUGCAGUAAGGGCUGAGAUAUUGAGGUAUCGGUAUAGGGAAGCUGCAAAUUCUAUAAUUGCUUCUACUAAUGCAGCAUUAGCUGUUUCCGUGGCUGAGCUGCCGCAAGCUCCGCCCACUCCCACCCCUUCUCCGCCUGCUCCAGUGCCGCCUCCACCAACACCACCACCACCACCUUCUGUUGUUGUUUCGUCGACUUCUUCGACUCCCUCUCUGUAUACAUCCACUUCUAGUGCAGCUAGCUACAGCAGCAUUUCUAAUAACCAUAUACCAUACUUUGAUUAAAAUUUUUCAUGAUGUCUUCUGGUUCUGUUCAAC